AUGGCCACCGUCGAACGCGAUACCGCCAACGCAGGACUUCUUGUGAGUGCAGCGAUUGGGUCUUCCUAUGCUGAGUUCAUCUUUACUCUACGACAGCGCCGUGCCAGACAAGUAGUUCUGGGUCUACUCGAUCGCCGUACAGCUCGCGAUCCUUUCCCGUCCCACAAAGUCCCGUCCAUUGAGCAAGUGUCGGCGUACGAGACGCGCUGCGUUGGUGGACCUUCCAAGGACAACUGGAUGGUGGAUCCGACUCGCAACUUCCGUUCAUCUUCGUGGAACCAGAAGGCGUAUGCUCUCCUUGCGGAGUACAUGCUUGAGAAUCAGCUCAUGGACGCGAGCGACCAGCGGGUACUUGAAGCUUGGUUCACCCAUCAUCACAACCAUACUCUACGGAGUCACUACUACUCACUCAACGGGGCAAGUCCGAUUGGGGCAGCGUCACUCGGUGGGAGGGCCAGGGCUCAACGCCGUGAUAUGGUACGAGCACGCACCUUCACUAUGAGGCAACGUCUGAAGCUUGUGGUCCCAGCAGGCUAG